CAUUGAGAGUCCAGGGCUCCACUACCAUCGCCGCCUCCUCCUCCUCGGCUCACUCACUCUCUCUCUCAACUCUGCUUGUCUGUUCUCAUCGUGAUUCUGCACUGCUUUCGGAAUCUAAUCGAUUUUCCCUUUGCCGUCCUCCUGCACAAUUGGAUCCUCGCUAGAGGUGUAGGUGCGCCCGAGAGCGACCAGGAUACCUCGGACCAGUGUGUGUGUGUGUGUGUGUGUGUUUUUGCUCUUGUUGUUUUUGUUGUUGCGACCGCUUGUGAUCGGAGGUGAAACGGUGCGGACUCGACUUCAUCAUGUCUUGCGGAAGCGGAUGCGGAUGCUGCCCCAAGUGCGGCUGCCAGGCGACCUGCACUUGCAAUCAAAGUAUGACGUGGUUCGAUGAGACCGCGGGUGACUUCAGUUAUAUCGACACGAAGAGCGUGUCCGGAGGGAACGGAGAAUGCAGUGCCACAAACGGUUGGUCCUUUGGAACCUGCGGUGAUGAUGAUUCAAGCGAAUGCUAUUUCUCUGAGGUCGUCGUGAACAGCAAGUUCGGUGCUGACAGUGACUGCCUGGACGGGACCUGCGACAAUAAAGGAGGAAUAUCGUUUUCGUAGAGUGGCAUGCGAGUCAAAUGCGGCUGACGGCCGGCACCAGCGUCUGUCAAGGAGGUCUAAACCUCUCGGCUUGUCAAUCAUGUUGCGAAGUUUUGGCCUCCUGUACCAUGUUACAGUGUCAAUAUGAGGGACUUGCGAGAGGGGUGUGAAAGGUUAGAUAGAGUUGUUUCUUUUUGGUAAUAAUCAUCAGUCAGCAGAACACACCACUGCCUGGACCGCUAGGAGCCAGCAGCAGUCAGUUUUUGGAUCCUUCCCGUGUGGACUUCGGUGUUAUAUGGGCCAGCCGGUUUGCCGACGGCUUGGGCCGAUCAACUAUAUUAGUGUGUGCCAAGUCCCAUUACAGAAUUCCAUCGCCUUUGGUAGCGUUUGUGUGGCGGGUGAUGUGCUAACAGGAUUAACAUACAGUGCACUCUGCGCCGCGUUUGACAUCCUUGGUUGUAGCCACACCUGCUUAGAAUGCUUUAAUGAAUGACAAGUAAGGUUCAGGUUUAUUGUGGACACUUUUUGUGGUGCGCAUUGCAAUCAACAUAUUAAUAUACUGAUUUGCAUUGGUCUUUCAAAGA